CACUCUACAUCCGACGGCUGCCAACAGACCACGUCAUCACCGUUUUUCGUUCCCGCCAUCUUCUUUCCCGCGUAUAUUUCCGCGUCUGGACGCUUGAAGUACCCAAUUAAUCACCAAACUCACUUUGCCGACCUCUGCAACUUUCUCUCCCCGCGAUUUUCUCUCAGAUGGCUCCUCAGAAGAAGCUUACGGAGUACGAGCGUCGAAGGCUCGAGAACAUUAAGCGCAACGAGGAAGUCCUUUCGUCUCUCAAGAUCCACUCCAAACUCGCCGAGCUAUCAGCGUUAACUAAGCGCCAAAGGCCCCAAACCAAGUCUUACAAACUUAGCCCAGAGAAGAAGCUGAAAUCCGAUGCCCCAACCGUGAUCCGGCGGUCGUUGCGGACCAGAGGAAUGCCACCAGAGGCUGCCACUGCCGGUGGCUUGAAAGAUGAUUUUGAUGAAAGUCCAAAUACCCAGAAAUCGAACCCCAAACCGGAACCUCCCACUUGCAAGGGUCCCAUUAGCAUCAGGGAGGCGUUCUACGGUGAGGACUAUGACCAGAGAUUCACUGAGACAAUUUUGGGUGUUUCAAAAAAAAUCCAAUUAUCUUAUGGCGAUGGGCCAACUGAGGGAAUUGACAGUGGUUACCCAAGCCGGGCUUUGGGUUCUGUUAAUCUAGGAUCACUCAGAUUAGACCCUGAAAAUAUAGCAAGGGUUGUGCAAGGCAAAAUACAUGUGGUGAGGUUCUUUCCGUCCAGUGAUUUGAAUAUGAUUGCUGUGGGGAACACCUCCGGGGAUGUUGGUUUUUGGAAUGUUGAUGCCAAAAACCAGGAUGGAGACGGGAUUUAUCUGUUUCACCCUUAUUCAGGGGCGGUUUCAGGCAUUGUAGUUCAACCAUUUUCUCUGUCAAAGAUAUAUACUAGCUCCUAUGAUGGAAUUAUCCAACUGAUGGAUCUGGAGAAAGAGGAGUUUGACCAAAUAUAUUCCUGUGAUGGUCCCAUAUUUUCUAUUUCUCAACGAGCAAGUGAUCCGAAGUCCUUGUAUUUCAGUGACGGCCAUGGAGUUCUCAGUAUUUGGGAUGAAAGGACAGGGAAGUCAUCAACCUCGUGGAUCUUGCAUGAAAAUAGAAUUAACUCAAUAGAUUUUAGCUCAGAAAACAAUAACCUAAUGGCAACGAGUUCCACAGAUAAGACUGCCAGAAUUUGGGAUUUGAGAAAUAUUGGGGCAGAUAAUCCAAAGCCUUUGAAGACAAUAAACCUCACAAGGGCUGCGCAAUCUGCUUACUUUUCACCGUCGGGAAGCUGUCUAGCAACGACAAGUUAUGAUAACAUGGUUGGCUUACUUAGAGGAGCCAAUUUUGAGGAAGUGUCAAUGAUACAUCAUAACAAUCAGACAGGCAGAUGGUUAUCUCCAUUCAGAGCAAUAUGGGGCUGGGAUGAUUCAUACAUCUACAUUGGUAAUAUGAAUAGAGGAGUUGAUGUUAUCUCCACAGCUAAAAGAAGGAUUUUUACAACACUACAGAGCCCAGAUAUGUCCGCAAUUCCAUGCCGCUUUGAUGCGCACCCUUACAAGAUUGGGAUGCUUGCAGGAGGCACAAGUGGGGGCCAGGUUUACGUGUGGACACACUGCUAAGGAAUUUGAUCUUCAUUUUGCACCAGAUCAAAUCAAAAUACACAAUAUCCAAGCAAUUUUCCCAGAAAUUUUGUAAACAAUGAGCUAGGAUUCCAAUCAAUCUUCCCUGGGUGCAAUUAGUAGGUCUUAUGGUUGCUUUAGGACUUGACAUUUAUAGGUGUAUGUGAUGUUCAGAAAUUGUGUUUCCCAGGCUUCGAACUGGUCGGCAAUUAGUGGGGCUUUGUUCUCUCCAUAAAACAUGAAUAUGUGAAUCUGUGGAAGAGGAAGACUUGUGUACCUGCAUAAACACGUACAUGCUUUGCUUACAUGUUGAGUUGCAAACGGAUUAUCAUCCUGCAUACAGGGGAGCAAUAUGGAACCUCAUCCGUCCCUUUUCCUUCAUUUUCGGUCCAAGUGUAAUUUAAGCCAUGAUAGUGGUCCCUGAGAGGGCACUUGAUCAUCAUGUAGGUCUGACGACUUAUCUAAGUAACUUCUGAUCCUUGGUCUAGUGCAGAUCUGGUUUUAUUUGGUUCCAACUCAAAAAAUUAGAAAUGAUUAUGAGUUAUU